GAUACGGUUUACGUUCGUGCGCAUGCGCGUCAAGGGGGAGUCGGCCAUCAUAGGAUUUUAAUUUUGCGAUAACAUUUAUGCGAAUAGAAAAAUAGAACCUGUAAUCAUGGCUGGGAAUAAGGGAAUGGAAGAUCUUAUUCCAGUUGUUAAUCGUCUGCAAGAUGCAUUUUCUGCCAUUGGAGUAGGAGGUCUGUUGGAUUUGCCACAAAUUGCCGUCGUUGGCGGUCAGAGUGCAGGAAAAAGCAGUGUCCUCGAAAAUUUUGUCGGGAGAGAUUUCCUUCCUCGUGGAUCAGGUAUUGUAACCAGACGUCCUCUUGUACUGCAACUGAACAAUUCAAAAACAGAAUAUGGAGAAUUUUUACACUGCAAAGGGAAGAAAUUCACUGACUUUGACGAGAUUCGCAAGGAAAUUGAAGCAGAGACCGAUCGUGUUACCGGUAGCAACAAGGGAAUCUCCAACGUCCCAAUCAACCUUCGUGUUUACUCACCCAACGUACUUAACCUGACACUGAUAGACUUGCCGGGUAUGACGAAAAUAGCCGUGGGAGAUCAGCCCCCGGACAUCGAGAUGCAGAUACGCAGCAUGGUGAUGGAGUUUGUAACAAAUGAGAGCACUCUCAUCCUAGCCGUCUCUCCCGCCAACUCUGAUCUGGCCAACUCGGAUGCCCUCAAGGUCGCCAAAGAAGUAGAUCCCAAAGGUGUACGUACCAUAGGUGUCAUCACAAAGCUGGAUCUGAUGGACGAUGGAACAGAUGCAAGGGACAUCCUGGAAAAUAAACUCCUUCCGUUGAGGAGAGGUUACAUUGGUGUUGUGAACAGGAGUCAGAGGGAUAUCGAAGGUAAGAAAGACAUCAAGGCCGCCCUUGCUGCUGAACGCAAGUUCUUUCUCAGCCAUCAAUCCUACAGGCAUAUAGCUGACAAGAUGGGUACUCCAUUCCUUCAAAAAGUCCUAAAUCAGCAACUGACCAAUCACAUUCGAGAUUCACUGCCCCAGCUUCGGAACAAACUGCAGGCUCAGGAGUUGUCCUUGGAAAAGGAGGUUGCAGAAUACAAGAAUUUCAGCGCAGAUGAUCCAACCAGGAAAACAAAAGCUAUGCUGCAAAUGGUCCAGCAUUUCGGUGUGAACUUUGAAAAGAGAAUCGAGGGGUCCGGGGAUGAGAUCAACACGAAUGAGCUUUCAGGGGGAGCUCGAAUCAACAGAAUCUUUCACGAGAGGUUUCCCUUCGAGGUCGUCAAGAUGGAGUAUGAUGAGAAGGAGCUUAGGAGAGAGAUCAGUUAUGCUAUCAAGAACAUCCAUGGUGUCAGAGUGGGUCUGUUCACACCAGACAUGGCAUUUGAAGCAAUCACCAAAAAACAAAUCAACCGUCUGAAAGAACCCUCGGUCAAAUGCGUUGAUAUGGUUGUCAACGAACUCAACAAUGUAGUCAGGCACUCGGGGGAAGGGAUGGCAAGGUAUCCACGAUUACGUGAGGAGACUGAGCGCAUAGUCUGCACACAUAUUCGUGAGCGUGAGUCCAAGACCAAAGACCAGGUUCUCAUGCUCAUCAACAUCCAGCUAGCCUACAUGAACACAAACCAUGACGACUUCAUCGGAUUUGCCAAUGCUGCUAAAGCCAAGAGGACUGGCCGAGAUCAGCAAAAAAAGAUUCCCAAUCAGGUGAUUAGGAAAGGCUGGAUGAAUCUGCAUAACAUCAGUUUCAUGAAGGGAGGAGCUAAAGAUUACUGGUUCGUUCUCACUGCCGAAUCUCUAGGAUGGUACAAAGAUGAAGAGGAAAAGGAAAACAAGUACAUGAUGAAUCUUGAUGGCUUGAAGCUGAGGGAUGGAGAAGCUGGAUUUAUGUCAAGGAAACAUGCAUUUUCUCUCUUCAAUCCUGAGAAUCAAAAUCGUAAUAUCUACAAGGACCACAAGACCCUGGAGCUGUCCUGUCAGACGUCAGAAGAGGUAGAUAGUUGGAAAGCAUCGUUCCUUAGAGCUGGAGUCUAUCCUGAAAGAACCAAAGACAGUGAUGAAGAGGAGGAUCAGGCCGGUGAUAGCGCUGUAUCGAUGGAUCCUCAACUAGAGAGACAAGUGGAAACAAUCAGAAAUCUAGUCGACUCCUAUAUGAGCAUCAUCAGCAAACAGAUCCGAGACCUGGUACCAAAGACAUGUAUGGCUCUCAUGAUUAACGAUACCAAGGAUUUCAUUCUGUCUGAGAUGUUGGCUCAUUUAUAUUCAACAGGAGAUCAGGCAUCAUUGAUGGAGGAGAGUGCAGAUGAAGCGCAGCGUCGGGAUGAGAUGCUUCGGAUGUACCAAGCUACCAAAGAGGCUCUACGUAUCAUAGGAGAUAUCAACAUGUCCACCAAAUCAACGCCAUUACCUCCUCCGGUCCAAAAUGAUGACCUCAUCAAACCAUUCAAUGGUCCCAGUGUACCUAUCCCAUCAAAAAGAGCGACCCCAGCCCCAUCGUCGGGCGGCAUGCCACGACGGCCUAACCCGGGUAGGCCUGUCGGGAACAAUGCAGCACCGGGUCCACCUGCAGGCGGAUCCAGACCAGGACAGCCCAAUAUACCAGGUAGACCAGACAUGCCAAAUAGACCAGCUCCUUCUAUUCCAAGGCGUCCUGAGGCUCCCACAAGGCCCAGCCCUCCCAUACCAGAUAGGCCCGCAGUACCUUCUAGACCAUACUAGGUUCUACUGUCACUCCUCAGAUCUGUGGUCCUCUUAUCAAGGAUGUGUGUCAUAUUUUUUAGGACAAUAUAGCAUUAUAUAAUAGUAUGUCAAAGGUCAUAUUGAGAAGAGUUGAGGAUCAUUUUGUGAAAAAAACAUCAAAGGUUACAUGUAUGUCAUACAUUUAUUCCAUAUAUUCGCAGCGAAGUAGCUCUUCCAGAAACGGCACAGAACAUCUGUGAACUCUGCCAAGAAGUUCAGGUAGGUCCAAGACUAGUCAUGAAGGAGAAGAUGAUAGUUACUGUAUUAUGGUCAAUGUCUGACCUGUUAAGAUAAGAGUAACAUGUCUGGUGUCAUUAGACAUAGUCAUCUGGCAAAGAAGAGCAUUGUAUGGAGCCAUUAAAGACCACCAUGGACCAUUUCUUCCUCUAAAAAUUCUGAAAAUAUUGCGAGAGGCAAAAUCAAGCACAAGUUCAUCACAGCGUCACAAGAUCAUGCGCAUUGUCUUGGCAGAUGUUUCAUGACCAUUUGUCUGCCACUAACUGUCGGUGUGGUCAAAAUUUGAGAUUGACAAAUGGCCGAGAGGCACUGGUCUCUGACUGUUACCAUGGCAACUGCCAGAGAAUGACUUCUUCCUGGUGCUGACAACCUUCCAGUUUGCUGGAUGUAAUAGCACCAUGUCUACCAUCAUUGUACCAUCAUUCAUUGUGUGGUCAGGUCCAAAAAUGGUCUCGUCCAGAAUUUGUUUCUGAUACUGCUUUUCUCAUGCUUCAGAGAACUAUGUGAAGGAUGAAUGAAAGCUCACAUUGAUCCGAAGGACAUCUUUUAUUUUUUGUUUGACCAUUUUGACCAUGCCUCUUCGCCCUUCUCAGAAAAUAUACUUGGUGAAAACACUGCUCCCUGUAGUACACCAGAGGAGUCAUAUAUUGUGUAACCAUUUCAUAUUUCAUAGAAAUAUACUUGAUUUUACCACUGAUAAGAAUACCUAAAGUGUGAGAUAUGAAAUGAGAAAGAAUAAAAUGGAUGUGAAUACCAAUGUGAUAAAUGAUAUCUCGGGGUAAUCCAAGUGUGUAUCAUCUCCCAACAGACUCAUAUGCACAUGUAUGUAAUAUACAUUGUUCACUUUAAUAGACUAGUGUAUAUUAUCUGUGAAAGAAGUAUAUGUUUACCAAAUGAUCCACCAUGAUAUUAUAGCUGUAUAUAUAUAUAUUCCCUUUUAUUUGAUGCAAAUUUUGAUUGAUUAUGAUAUGAAGCCUAUAAUGCAUACUGUGAAUUCUUUUUUUAUAAAUCUUUUUAGUGCAUAUACGGUGUAAAUUCCUGAAGAUUGUUAGUGCAGUAUGCUCCUAAAAGUCAUAUGUUAUGGACUGUCUAACAUCGCUGUUGCCAAAGUUUGAUAUAUUUUAUCCCUCUGAUUAUUAUUGGUUGUUACAUCACAUAUAAAAGAAAUAAUUUGGUGUUGCCAUGUAAGGGCAACACAGAAGUGUUAGAAGUAGGGGAACAAUUUUUUGGUAAUAGAGGCAAUCGGAGCUCUGUGACUGGUCUGUGUUGUGAUAGUGUAUUGCCCUUCCCAAUCUUUGUAGAACAUUUAAACUUUCAAGGCAGCGUUAAUGUUGUUGGUAAAGGGGCGGCAGUGAAUGGAAAUUGAAAGGAUUGUGGUUGGAUAUAGAUUGAUCCUUUUUGCGAGGCAUUAAACUACAUGUGCCUCUCUCCAUCCAGGAAGGAAGAGGGGGGUGUUUCGCACAGAUUUAACUUGAAGUCACACUUAAAUUUCCAUUUUAUACGUAAUAAAAGGCUUCACUGAGUUGGUCAAAUCAUGCUUAAAGGAUGCAUGCCUUUGGGGAUUAAUGUUGAAUGUGCACAUCUGCAACUACGCAUGACUCUUAGUCACGCUUAGCUCUUUGUGACACACCCCCCAAUGUUAUUCCCCAGGGAAUGGAGAAUGUACGCAUAUUUCAUGUAGGCAAGCCUGAUUGUAUUAAAUCAUGACCCUCAUAUGGGUAUUAAAUCUGUAAAAACGUUCAGGGGCUGUUACACGGAAGUCUUACAAUGUUUACUUGUCAUUACCAUGGUAACAUGGCUCAGAAGCCAAUCAAAAUCAUCUAAGUAGCGAUAAUUGCAAGUCUCUUUGAAACAGGGUCCUGAUAGAUUAAAGUUGUAUGUUCAGGGUCACAUUUCAUAAAGAACUAUUAUAGUAACAAAUGCACAAUUUCUAUAACAAAUUUACUAUCGGCCAAUCAGAUUGAAGAAUUUCAGUAGCUUUUAACUGUUAUUGCAUAUUUGUAAUUAUAACGUUUUAUAAAAGAGGGACCUAGAUAAAAAGAAGACUUGAAGGUUAUCCAAGAGAAUUGGCAAAAGACAGUCCAUCGACUAUAUGAGAUGAUCCAUUGUCCAUUUGAAGUUUGUCAUUAAAUUUGUAUAGUUUUGAAUGAAUAAUCAGCAAAAUUCAUUUGCAGAUUAUAUUUCAUUUGUGCUCUGAAGUAGAAAGCAAAUCUGAGAUGUCGUUCUAACCAGGUUG